GGCGGGAGCUGCGGGCCGCCGCGCUGCGUGCCCUCGGGCUGCCCUUCUCUGGACCGGCCGAACCGCGAGGCCGCAGCCGCUCUCCACGCGCUGCUCCCUGCGGGCCGUUCCUCGUCCCCUCGGAGGUCGGCCGCAUGAAGAUCGAGCUGUUUGCUGACGUCGUGCCCAAAACCGCAGAGAACUUCAGGCAGUUUUGUACAGGUGAAUUCAGGAAAGACGGUGUCCCUAUAGGUUACAAAGGAAGCACUUUCCACAGGGUAAUAAAGGAUUUCAUGAUCCAAGGAGGUGACUUUGUAAACGGAGAUGGCACUGGAGUAGCCAGUAUAUAUAGGGGUCCUUUUGCAGAUGAAAACUUCAAGCUGAAACACUCUGCUCCUGGCCUGCUUUCUAUGGCAAACAGUGGUCCAAGUACUAACGGGUGUCAGUUUUUCAUCACGUGCUCCAAGUGUGACUGGUUGGAUGGAAAACACGUUGUGUUUGGUAAAAUCGUUGAUGGGCUGUUGGUAAUGAGAAAAAUUGAAAAUGUGCCCACAGGACCGAAUAACAAACCCAAGCUGCCAGUUGUGAUCUCUCAGUGCGGGGAGAUGUAAAGCAGUGGAGUAGGAAUGGGUGCUAACUUGUGGGUGGAUAGGCCUUUGUCAGCUCCACGCAGCUCCAGCUCCAGCCAGUUCCCCUGCUGUUCCAGUCCUCCUCACAGACGUGCUCCUGAAAUCAUUAAAUAAUUGGCAUAUAUCAUUUUUUUUAAGUAUGUUGAAAUGUAAAUAAAGGAUUUUGUUAAAUA